ACCUUGCAGGGACGGCCCUUGAUGACGAUGUGACCACCUUUACGGAUGUUACCAGCCUGCUGAGGGUAGGUCUUGGAAGCUCCGGCGUCGCUGGACUCGAAGUGGUGCUCUUCGUCCGACAUGUUUAGAGAGAUAGAGAGAUCGAAGAAGACGGCUUGGGAGCUUUCUUCGUCUUCUUCUUCUUCCAUGGAGUUUCGAUUGUUUGGCAGUCUCUCUCUUCUUAUUUUAAUUUAAAUAAAAAUUAAAAAUAGUGAAUCUCGGGGAGCACUUUUUAUUUUAUUUAUUAUUCUCUCUUUUUUUUUCAUUUAUCGAUAAAAAUUGUGUGUCGCCGCCGAUUUGGGAGUGAGUAGUGUUUUCAGUUUAUCUACGAACGAUUAAACAUAUGAUUUUUCUCCUCUUCUGUUCAAACUGCGAUCAGAUGAAUUUGUAAAAUCUCAAAGUUGGUCUGUUGUGUGUUCGCUGUGGAUAUGAUAUACGAGAGAGACUUCAUGAAACAUACAAUGCUUGAACACGACGCCGUUUUCAAGAAUCAGCAGGUUCAUGAACUUCACCGUUUGUAUAGAGUACAGAGGAACUUGGUGGAUGAAGUUAAGGGAAAUAAUUCGAAUGGAGAAGGAAGCACCUCUCAGGCUUGCAACGGUCCUUUGCAAAGUAGGAGAAAAAUGAUUGAUCUUGAGCUCCCUGCUGAUGAGUUUGAUGAGACCGAUGAUAUCACAACUUGCAUUCCGUCCAAACGGCCAAGAUCAGGAAGAGAUGAUGGUUCUCAUCGGAGCAACUCUUCAGGGUCUUGCUUGGAUGUGAAGAACUCAAAUGGUUUAGCUGACUUGAAUGAGCCACUCAAUUGGCAAGAUGCGGAACCUGCUGCUGCUCUCUCCAGGGACGUGUAUUCUCAUUAUGGAAGAAACACAAGCCAAAAUGGACGGAUGGUCCUUGGCGCAGGGCACGACAGGAGCACUCAGAGAGACUUGCAUUUGCCUUCCCAUUCUGUACAAGUACGUUCCAACAGUGCUGUUCAACCUCAGAGCUAUCUCACGACUGAUCACAGCAAUGUAGUAUUCUCCCGGGAAAGAGCAUAUCGUGAGCUCGAAGUUCGCUCAAAGAAUCCUCAAGCGUCUUAUGAUAGCUACGUGGAAUCAUUUCCGGCAUCUAAUGCUCCAAGAUUACACAAUGACUACCGCCCUGACUUUGUCAGACCAUGGAGCCAUUGGUCUUCAUCGUGGGAGAACCCUAGGAGCACCUCACAUCAGAGAUUUUUCCCAGUUCAAACGAAUCCCUACAUGAACUUUGUUGCGCGCACAAGGACAGAUACAAGUUUUGAUACGAGAAGCCCUGUCACUAACGGGGUUUAUCAUGGAUUCUCUUCAGGGUCGAAGGAGGCUGCCGUUAGUUUCCCAUCAGGAGGCUUUAGACCAAAUGCUUCUUUAGGUGAGGUGGUGAAGCACCAGAGUUCUGAAAGCUUUCAGGGGCUAAAAACGCAGGAAUCCUCAGCUAUGUUGCCCUGGCUAAAACCUAAGCCAUCUUACAAAAGUGAAAGAUCCAGUGGCUUAUUUGAUUUGAAUGCUUCGACCGAUCAAUUCAUGGAUGGAACUGACGCAGGGGACGGUAGGAAUGGUGUUUCUCUUCAGACGGGAUUUAGGUCAUCUGCCUCAUGCUCUUAUAAUGCCAACAUGGGAAGAAUUGAAUUGAUCAACCCACAGAAUAGUGGAAAAAAUAUUGGGGGCCCAGUCUUUCAGAAGCAUUCUAUUUGCAAGGAGGAGCAUGCUCCAUUUAUCUCUCACUCCUUGUGUGUCGCUGAUCAACAUAAGGAAGUGAAGCGGGACUUCGACAUCAACUUGCCAUGUGAUGCCUCAGUUUCUGUUGACCAGCGUGGUUCUAAAGCCUUUUGUGCUGUAAAGGAAGAAGGAAACAAAGCUGCCAUCAACAGACACUACUUUGAUCUGAAUUCAUGUGCUAGUGAAGAUGAUGAAGAUUCCGGCUUGCGUUCCAGUCUGAGAGUGAAAACAAAAGGAAAUAUGUGGAUAGAUUUGGAGGCUCCUCCCGCUCUCGAGAGUGAAGAAGAAGGAGGAGGGGGCUCGCAGGAUAUGAAAGGCCAAGACGAUAACGCUUUGGAUGAACUAAUCAAGGAAGCAGCACAAGCAAUAGUCGCCAUCUCAUUAUCUGAUCACCAUCGUCAUCCUGAUGACGCAGCUUCCUCCACAACCGACGCGGCUUUGAAAAGUCCGCUCUCCUGGUUAGCAGACAUGAUCACUUCUUGCGGUGAUGAGCUAGAAAGAAAGGCUGAUAAGUCUCCAGAAGCCACAGACUUUGAGGGUUACCGAGAAGAAUACUCUUCAGGAGAGAUUGAUUACUUUGAAGCCAUGACCCUGAAUCUACAUCCCACUAAGGAAGAAGACUACAUGCCAGAGCCCUUAGUCCCUAAGAAUCUGAUACUCGAAGGGACAGGUUUAAACAGGCUCAGGAGAGGACAAGCAAGACGAGGAAGACCAAAGCGGGAUUUCCAGAGAGAUACACUCCCUGGACUCUCUUCUCUAUCGAGGCAAGAAGUCACUGAAGACAUCCAGUUGUUUGGUGGGCUUAUGAAAAGCAGAGAGCACACUUGGAGUUCCGGAGUGGCUUCUCGACGGAACUCAAAAAGAAAACGAACGGUCACCAACGUAAGCCAAGCUCAAGUUUGCCCGUCAAUGACGCAGCCUGAGAGCGUAUCAGUGGUUGGACUUGAAGACGGUGAGAUUACAGGAUGGGGAAAAGCAACAAGAAGACCGAGAAGGCAGAGGUGCCCUCCUGCAGGUAAUCCCGCAACUGUGAUCUUUACAUGAGAACUCCCAAAACGUUUGAAACAUUGUAGAGGGUACAAUUAUUAUACAAUAGAUUUGAUCUUACCUUUGUUGGGGGUGGUGUUGUAUAUCUUGUCUUCUGUAAGAUGGGCCAAGGCCGAACAUGAUUUGCUAUUUAUUUAAAAGCCUGGUUGGGGUAUAAAAACAGAUAUGUUAAUUGUUGUCA